CGUUAAAUUUUGUAAUCACAAUUUCCAAAUUGGUGAUUCUCUUUUGCUCGGUCAACCGGAAGUUUUCUCUUGCUCCUCACUCCCAAAGCGGAACCUGGGAACCGAAUUCUAGGUUCUCAACAUUUUAUCCAGUUGUAUAGGAAGUGAAACCUUGAAUGGCACAAUCUGCAAGUUUAGUCCAUACUAGCCUCUUAAAUUAUGGAUUUACUCCUAAAAUGAAUCCUUCAUAUUGGAGAUAUGAUAUGGUUAAGUCACGACCUUCCCCUCCUCGUAGCUUUCGUGUCAAAGCUGUGCAAGAUACCGGAGGUCCUCGUAGGUUAGUUGAUAUCAUUAGACUCGUGCCUGAGCUCUCGAGAAAUUACUUUCGAAGUCCUUCAAGGAGGGCUCUUUUUGGAGGAAUCUCAUUGUUGGGUGGCUUUUAUGUGGCACAGACUAUCUCAUUGUCAUUUGGCGCUUUAGGAGUAAAUGAUGUUAUAGCUGCUGUGGUAUGCGUUCUCCUUACCGAGUAUGUUACUCGAUUUUAUUACAGUCGACCAAAGGUAACUUUCCCCAUUGCUCUACUGAACAACUUCAAAAUGGGAUUCACUUAUGGUCUUUUCAUUGAUGCUUUCAAACUUGCUAGUUAACAGCACGUGAUGAAACCAUUCUGGUGGUAGCUACAGCAUUUACAUUUGUAAAGUUCUUUGAGCAAUAAUUUUGGUUUUACUCUAUAUCUUUACAGCUUGUUCUAAUUCUUUUAUGAACUUUUUUCCCCUUCCCCUCUUUUUUCUUCUGUAUAUUUUCAACAUACGGUUUACAUUGAAGAAUUAAAUGUUCUAUUCACCCUCAAAUUGAAUAUAGUAACAUAUUUGAAUGUAAUUGAUGGGUUUUAAGAGUUUAAUGCAUCCCUGACAGUGGAGAAUUGUUUGAUUGAA